AGGUGACAAACAGAGCAGGGAGGUUUCUGGAGACGGGAUGUGAUGCGAUGCGCUAGCGUGAGGCCCCGUUGUGGCGCCCAUCCGCUACAGUUACGGGGUACUUAGCCGCUAUUCAUCAAGCCCAAGCCCCGACACCGACACCUCAAAAACCCCCUUUCUCAAACCGACUCCAGCUGCUGAUAUCGGAUUUGAUCUGAUAUUGAUCCUGACAACAACACGCAGUUUCAGUCAGGCGAAAGACAAUACCAACGACCGCAUAAUCACCGAGCAUACACAAAUACCGACUCGAGCGCGUUCUCCUUCUAUCUGGGAAACCCUCGUGGAAUCCUUUUCAGGCGCCUUUACUCACGAUUUCACCCCGCCUUUCUGUCAACCAUGUCGAACCUCUUUUCUGGCAUUAACGCUCGAUUCCGAGGUGGCUCAGCUAAGCCUUCUUCUGGCCCUCAAAAGAGCCCAACUGGUUCUACUGCCAGUCAGCCUCCCCCACCAGAGCUGCCUACUCAAGGGAGUCAAUCUUCCUCAGCUAGCUUAGCCCCGAAGGUCCCCCCUCUGCCUAACUCUCCUUCACUCGCCCAGACCAUUGGCAUGGAUGACUCUAGCGGCGUCAUGAGCGGCGACGAACUAAUUUCUUCCUAUCAUCUUCCUCGACCUCUUCCUCUGUGGCUCAAUGCCCAAUAUGCUAAGCACAUAGUAAAGGGUAAUUUUAUGACACUGAGCGCCCGACCCAAGACGGUCGAGCAAGGCGAGUGGAUCGCACAUCAAGUUGUUGAGCAUUACCGCAACCUGUGGAACUUUGUUCGAGUUCUCCACGAGAAGGAGGAUGAUGGUACAUCCAUCUGCAACUCUACCAGCUGCCCACGCAUGUCGGCUGGAGCCAACCACUCCUUUACUUGGCUCAACCGCAACAGGGAGCCUGUUGAGCUUCCCGCCUAUGAGUACAUGACUCUUAUGCAGCGAUGGAUUUCUGGCAAGAUUGACGACACCAACAUCUUCCCGACUGACCCCUCUGGUGUCUCGUACGCCCACAACCCCUCCAUCACCACCACACCUUUGUCCCAGCUCUCGAACCCCGGCGAGCCCGAGUACAUCGGAAAGCGAUCAGGUUUCCCUGACAAGUUCGUCGAUAUCUGCCAGAUGAUUUUCCGACAAAUGUUCCGAGUCUACGCUCAUCUCUACUGGGCUCAUUUCACCGAGCCAUUCUACCAUCUCAACCUGGAGAAGCAGCUCAACAGUUGUUUCUCACACUUCGUCCUGACGGCUACGGCUCUGGAUAUGCUCAAGCCCGCCGAGCUGGAACCCAUGCAGCCUCUAAUCGAUCUUUGGGCUGCCAACGGAACUUUUCCUCCCGAGUCCAAGGCAUAUGAGUAUGCCAACAUCCGAGCCGGCGAGCGUCUCCUGCAGCUUUCCAAUGUCCCCCAAUAAGCAUGGACGAGUACCGGUGUAGCGUAACACGAAAGGCGGAGAAGAUGGGGUAUCGAUCCUGUGGAUCGACUCCCAUGUACACAAUCUGGAAGGCAUGUAUCCAGCCUGAAGUCGGAGGGUUGAUAAACCAGGCAGGUUGAAUGGGGUCGCAUGAUAAAGCAUAUUCCUGCAGUAGUAAAAGAGCUGCAGACUGGAGUUCCGGGGCCACGACUAAAGUGCUUCGCGGGGGAGUCGACUGUGCAGGGGACACAUGGCUGAUGGUAGACUUACGAACUGGAGACUUUGCGGUAUCGUAUCAAUGCGAGGCUUGUUUCUAGUUCCCCAAACACGAAUAGAUUUCGAAAAUUGAAAUAACAUAGCGUAGAAAAUCACAAACAUGACCCAGUCUGUCAAAUGAU